AUGCUUCUUUCCAAAAUUGGACUGAAACCGCACUUUCCAAAAUUUACAAAACAUAUUUCUAUCUUAGGGACUUUGCAACCGUCUUCUGGUUCCACAAAGACAUUCAAAAGACUCGGUCGUGGUCCAUCCAGUAAUAAAGGUAAGACAUCUGGGCGUGGUCAGAAAGGUCAGAAAGCUAGAAGCUCCGUGAAACCAUGGUUCGAAGGUGGUCAAACACCAAUAUACAAGCUCUUCCCCAAAUUAGGAUUCAAGAAUGUCCAUGCUAGACCUCUAAUUCCAAUUAAUCUUGAGAGAAUUAUAUGGUUCCACAGGAAGGGAAGAUUGAAUCUAGAUGAAGGCGAGGUAUUGACAAUGAGGAAAAUGAAGGAUGCUGGAGUGAUUACAGGGUCUAUCAAAAAUGGGGUAAAAAUAUUGGCCAAAGGUCAGUUUGAUAUGGAAGUACCAUUAAAAAUUGAAGCAAGUGCUGCAUCAGAAAAAGCUAUUAGAGCUAUUGAAAAGGCUGGCGGUUCAUUUGUGGCAAAAUAUUUCACUGAUUUAAGUCUGAAGGCUCACCUUAAUCCCGGAUAUUUCUUGGAAAAGAGAGGUAGAUUACCAUUACCACCAAGACCUAUAAAAAGAAGAGAUAUCAGAUUUUAUAGUGAUCCAGAAAAGAGAGGAUAUCUAGUUGUUGAGAAUGAUCCUUUCUAUCAAAAACUACAAGAAGCCAAGAGUAGCGGUAUUAAAAAUAUCUCCAAGAAUCGUGUUAAGAAAAGUGAACUUGAGAAACAAUUGGACAAGUUGGAUCCAUCCACAACAAAUGUUGUUUAUGAAACCAAAUCAGAUAUUCUUACGUUUGAUCAGUUCGAACAACAAACAGGCUCCCAAUAG